CGUGCAUUAUUUACUAGAGGUUAGAAUUGUGGUUUUGAAGUAAUGAGUUGUAACACCAGCCUGAGCUGGAGCUCCAUUAGGGUGUUAUGUCAUAUCAUGUCCUGUCUUUUUUCCUCAGCUGCACGAGGACUGCCUAAGGAUGCCUAUAGUGAGAGAUGGCGAGCACUAGCAGAAGCGUCUAUUCAACAGAAAUGGCCAGGGAAGCACCAGCUCAGAGUCUGGAGACCAGUGAGGGAGGAAGGUGUCGAGCUGGUUGUGAAAAGACUACAGGAGAGGACCGAGAGGAGGUAGAGGACGAGGCUGGUGCUGAGAAACGGCCCUCUGUGCUCUGGGAGAAGUAUUUUGAACAGAGUAUAUUUGUGGACAUCAGUGAUGAUGACAGCCUUCAUAUGAGUGACCUCCAGGGUUCCUUCAGGGUCCACAUAUCACAGCAUGAGGAGAGCGAGAACACAGGACUUUCUGAUUCAAAUGAGUCUGAAGAGGACUCCACAGAGAGCUCGGUCUCCAUCAGCAGUGUACACAGAGAUCACAUCAACGCCAGAGAUAUGAAAGGAAAUAAGGCGAAGGAUAACACAGCACCAGAGCGACCAAGGUGGAGGCCUGAGGAUGACAACACCAGCGAUGAAGACCAGGAGGAGCUCCCAUAUGAUGGUGAACUUCACCACCACCACCACCACACGUUGCACCCUAAAGAGAGCCCUGAAGAGACCUCUAAAGACCAUCACACUGUGAACGCUGACAUGCUCUACACCCCCAGCACGCCUAACAGCGGUGCUGAGAAUGUAAAAGGUGGUAUUUACAACCGCAGUCAACCUGUAGCUGAGUGUUUCCAGCAGCAGGAGCCCAGUCCAGUUCCAGCAUCAGUGCCUGAGUUUCUGCUGAGGCAUUUCUCCCACGAUGAACUGCUGAACUGUGGCAGGCUGAUCGAGGCGGAGACCAUGCCUGAAGUCUCCCUGCUCGAGAGCGUCGAUGAGACAGCGUGGAGCAGAGCUUCAGCCAACCCACACACUGCAGGAGUGGGAGGACACUGCUCAAAGCUCAAAGCCUGUCUGAGGCCUGUGGAGGAGGAUGAGUCCAGCAGAGGCAGAAACCACACAGAUAACACAGAGAUAACUGACUUGAAGAUGGAAUCCGCUAGAACAGCAGCAGACCAGAAUAAUAUGACUGAUGAACAAAUAAACCAUAAUCAAUCAAACUCCACUGAAGAGUCCCGACUGUCUGUCCUCAGCGAUUUGGAUGCUGGUCCGAGCAGUUCAGCUGAAGAUGAGCAGAAAGAGAAUGAAGAUGAAGAGGAUGAGGAGGAAGAUGUGGAAGAGGAUGAGGAAGACGCAGAGCAGUGCUGCAGUGCCAGCACUCCGGACCUGGAUAAAGCAGACGUCCAGGUCGGCAGGUUUUCCCUGGGCAGGACGCGGUCCUGCAGUGAGCUGAAGUACGGCCAGGGUCAGGUUCACUACCCCCUGCCGGACUUCUCCAAAGUGGCCCCUAAAGUCAAGAUUCCCAAAGGUAACAGUCCCACCAAACCUGGCACCCACACGCCAUCCACGGACAGGCCCCACACCACAACGGCAGGCACUCAGAUUAAAUCCCCGUCCUCCUGUUCGGCUGAUGUCAUCAGUCGGGUUUUGGAGGACUCUGUUUGGCUGAGUGAGGUGAGGAAAGAUGAGGAAGAACAGGCCAGACUGGACCAGCUGUUACAGGCUGAAUAUAACAGAUUACUUGCCAAAUAUGCAGUUGAUGACAACCUAAUCAACCAGACACAACAGACUCAAGACUCUAUUAAUCAGCCAUCCUCAACCCACUGGAAAGAAACAGUAGAUGUUCUGGACGACACACAAGGCCAGCCCAGAGCUGCCAAACCAACCUUCCAGUCAACUAUAGCAGGACUGUUUGAGGAGAGGAAAGAUGCAGAGCGGAUGUCUCUUCCUGAGCAGCAGAGUGUGACUGAUGGCCAGAGACUGACCGCUGAGCUCACCACUAUUAUAUAUCAGUUUACAGAGCAGAUGGAGGAAUUCAAAAACUGUAUCAGCACCAUGUCGAUGACAAUUGAAGAACAGCAAAAGGUGUUUAAGAGCAUGAUGGAGGCUCAGGAUCAGCUGGAGAGGAACUACAUGAGUAAGAAAGAAGAGCACAGAGUUCUGGAGAUGCAGAACUAUAUGGGUCUCAACAGGAACACGGGACCGUUUGACCCAGACAGGCAGGUGGAAGGAGAGAUAUUCCGGCUGGGUAUGCAGCUGGAGGACAUAAAGGAACAGAUAGACAGAAACGCCUGCCGUGAGCUCUCUCCUCCUCCUGUAUCCUCCACUCCCACUCCUUCACCGCAUGGGGAGUUCAUCCCUUCUUCCUCACACCAGCCAUCACUGCAUGAGGAGUCUGUCUUCAGUUUCCCUGCUGGUGUUCAGAGCAUGGCUGAGGAAGAGGAACACUCUCAAAUGACUGAAGCUGUUGAUGAAGAGUCCAGGGCUGCAGACUUCAGGCUACACACCUUCAGCCAGAUGCCCUGCAUCAGCCGGGAGGAUGAGGAGGGUAGUCUGAGUUUGCACAGUGAGGUGGAUGAGCAUGAGGACUUUCUGGCACAGUUAACUGAGCAACUUCCAUCAGAACAUCAGAGAACAUCUGACGGGCCUGCAGGGCCUGAAGAUCUGGAAUCUCCCACUCCAGAUUCCCCAGAUCAUAACACAGCACAGAGGUUUGUGAGUCUAGAAACAGACAGCGGCUUCAGCACUUCUGACCUGAGCCGUCCCCCUACAGGACUGUCUCACACACAGUGUAACACUGACCGUUUGUCCCCUUCUGAUGAUGUCAACAGCAUGUCAGCAUCUGAUAAUGAAGCAUCUCGCUCUGAUCUACAUACGGCUAUUUCUCUUACAACAUGGGCUGGAUGGCCCAAAAUGGGCGAGUCAGAACCAGAUCCACUGUCAGAAUACGUUCCAAAUAUGCAAGAGAACAACACUACCCAGAAUGCCCCUGCUGGACCACACAUCUCCGGAGAGACACCAGUGUGGGGUGAAGAUGGUGCCACUCUUCAUUCUGCUCCACUGCAAGAGCCCAGCCAAGAGGAGCAGUUUCUACAGAAACAGAGGCCUACUGCUGCCGAGAUGCCAACCAGAGACAAGCACUCUCGCUGCUCUUGUUCCAACAGUGAUGCUAUCAGUGCACUGCAGAGUGAGGUGUCCCGUCUGAAGAGGGUGCUGGAGGAGAGUCUGGGUCACCUGCCGCACCUGUGCAUGCGAAUGGACCACCUGAGCAACAUGUACACACAGGAGAAGAGACUGAGGAGCCGUCCCCGUCUGCGACACCAAAACAGACCACCUUCAAAAGGAACAGACAGUGGAGACUCAGACCACUCUGAUAGGCCUGCCUCUUUUAAAUCUGCCUCCAGUUACACUCACUCCAGAUCUCCCUCCAUCACACAACUACAUCACCUCAAAUACUCUUCCACAGCAGCCUCCUUAGAGAGCCUGUCUCAGGACAUGUCUCAGUCUAGACCCAGAAGCAGCCAUCAGAGAGCGAGCGUUGGGCCAUCCUGUCCCGAUGGCAGUGUGAGCGCUGGGCCAAGCUGCUAUAGCAGUGACGUCAGCAUUGAACCGUUCAGAGACUACAGAAGAGCCAGUGUUGGACCAGCCAGGCGCAGCAGCAGCGUUAGCGUUGGGUCUGCCAGCAGUGGCAGCAGAACCAGUGCUAGGCCAGACACUGAUGGAAGUGAUGCCAGUUUUAGAUUAAAUGGUAAAAGAAGCCAAGCUGAAACUGGGUACAGACCACCAGGAGAAAAGCCUCCUCUUCAUAAACCUCUGCUUCAGACCAACUAUGGAUCCUGUAACAGCCUUCCACCAGGUUUUAAGGUGCAAGAUCAGCUGUCAGAUUCUGAAGUGUCCAGCAGGAGGAGGACCACCCAGUCAGAUUCAGCAAUACUGCCCAGUAAUGUCUACUUCCAGCGGACCUCGCCACUCCCCACCUCACCCUGCAGGAGCAGAGCGAGACCACGGAGACAAAGAGCCAGCAAGGAGGAGGCGAUAAACCGAACUCUGGAUAAAGCUCUGGAGGCGGCUAUGCUGAUGAAGCAGACCACAGACCGCAUGGCUAAAACUCUCUCUACAGAUCUGGCCAAGGCCCAGACCUACAGGAAGCUAAACGGUCUUCAUCCUGACCAGCCACGCCUGGACCAUAGCUCAUAUCACACACUGCAUUAACUGCUCUGUUUCUGUGUGUGCAUGUUCAAUAAUGGAAAUUCUUCAUGUACAUGUUUGUAACAGGGUUUUAUAAUUUUGAAUAAUUUUCAGUGAUCAAACAGGAAAUAAAGGCCAAAAGAAAGACCAAAAGUUGCACUGGAUAAGUUAAUCGGAGUUUAGAAACUGUACUGAAUCACAACACAUCACUAUCUUGGUCUACUACUGCCUGACUUGUGUUAAGUCACUCAGUUUUAUACUGAGGAACAUUUUGUAAAAUUGUUGCAUAAUUGUUAGAUGCAGGUUUUUGGCAGUUUGGUGAAGUUCUGUUCAACAUUUAUACCCAGUCAUAUGAGUUGUUUUGUUUCCCCAUCCUAACGUUUUUUGAAAUGUGUUGUAGGAUUGAAAUGCAGGGAUUAAUGUUUAUUCACAAAUGAUAUGAGGUUGAGCUGCAAAAACAAGAAAAGUUUCACGUUAAUACUGUUCAAACAAAUACAAGUCAAAAUAAACCAUAGAAA